GGCAGAGGCGAGGGAGGAGCAACCACGGAAGCCCGACCUUCAUACAUUUCUUCGUCUCUUUUGCUUCUAGUUCUUGUAGUUUCGCCGAAGUUUGACGUUUGACUUGAUGUGACCAAGCUAUGAGACUUAAGGACGGAGACAUGGAUGAACACUUGCGUCAACCAUAUGAGGGGCAGCUAAUCAAGUUUACAAAUGUCGUAAAAGGAUGGCAAGCUCGUUGGUUUAUUCUGAAUCCUGAGAUCGGCACUUUAGAGUAUUAUCUGAGUGAAAGUGAUAAGCAUGAACGCGCGAGAGGAAGCAUCCAGUUGGCAGGUGCUGUCAUCUCUCCCAGCGAUGAGGAUUCAUACACAUUCACAGUAUCCCCAGCCGCAGGGGAAUCCUACAAACUCAGAGCCACAGAUACAAAAGACCGCCAGAUGUGGCUCAAUAGGCUGAGAGUGGUAGCUGAAAUGCACACUCGUGCUAUUGCCCAUAAUCACCCCCCAUUGGCGCCUCGUGAGCAUCGAACUCCAGGCAACACAAGCACUGGUAGUGGACAGAAUGUUGCGGCAACACCGUAUAUGGGCCUUGCAGUGCUUGAUGCUUUCACACAGGUAGCUGAAGUAUUAGAAGAAGCAAGAAGACAACAUUCUGCUCUUGCCACUGCAAUUGAAGACAUGCCAUCUUACGGUCCAGGGAUGAGAUGCACAGAACCAAAUCUCCUUCUUUUGAAAGCCACAAGUCAAGCAACACUUCUAUGCUUAGACCAGUGUUUGAGUGUGUUGAGGACACAACAUAUGUCUGCCAUUCAUCACCAGCCAUCACCUUCUGUUACCAGCACAAACACACGCCUAGGGUCACCUUCAUUGCGAUCAUCAUCACCUUCUUUGAGGAUCCGCACAGCACCACAUUCUCCAACCCCAGGAACAACCCAGGGAGUUAGUGGAACUCCUCCAAGUAGCAGUGCUGUCCAGCCAUUAGUUCCUUCCUCACCAGCAGCUGUUGCAGCUAGCCAUUGUUUGCCUGAUGUGGCAGGGACGACAAGUUCCAAGUCAUCAUCACUUGCAUCUGAGACUCCUGUUUCUACUCCGACCCCACCGCCACAUUCCUCACGCAUUGGUGUUACUGGGUAUGACUCUGAAGUGAGUGAUGAUGAUGAAGCAGGUGGCGACGGUGACCUUGGUGAAGUUGGUGAUGGACAAAGGUCUGUCAUCAUGCACAUCAUAUCUCAGCUGCGACUUGGAAUGGACCUCACACGUGUCACACUGCCAACAUUUAUUUUGGAGCGUCGUUCCCUGCUGGAAAUGUUUGCAGACUUUUUGGGACAUCCUGACUAUUUUGCUAAAAUUGCUGAUGCAACAACACCAGAAGAUCGCAUGCAGGCAGUGGUUAAAUGGUAUUUAACAAGCAUUCAUGUUGGACGAAAUGGAUCUGUUGCUAAGAAGCCUUACAAUCCUAUUAUUGGGGAGACAUUCCAUUGUAACUGGCGAAUUCCAAGGGAUUCCAUCCAUGGGGAAGAGAUAGGGGAGACUGGGAAUGGGAAAGCUACUGAUGGAAAGAAGUCCCCCUUUGUCAACAUCAAAUAUGCAGCUGAGCAAGUGUCUCAUCAUCCACCAGUGUCUGCUUUCUUUUUUGAGUGUCCGGAGAAGCAGCUAAGUAUAAACGCUCACAUCUGGACUAAGUCAAAGUUUAUGGGUAUGUCUGUUGGAGUUAAUUUGAUUGGAGACAUUACCCUCAUCAUAGGCAAUGUCCGUGAAAGCUAUAGUCUUGCCAUGCCAUCUGCAUAUGCAAGAAGCAUACUGACUGAUCCAUGGGUUGAACUUGGAGGUCGGGUAAACAUUUCUUCACCUGAGACAGGCUGUCAGGCUGCUAUUGUCUUCCACACUAAACCAUUUUACGGAGGACGUCUACACAGGGUGACAGCCGAAGUGAAAAACGCAGCUGGAACUACUCUGACCAAAGUACAGGGAGAAUGGGAUUCACAGCUGGAAUUCACUUAUGCUAAUGGAUCUCAGGAGGUUGUGGACGUAAAUGACAUACCAAUUGUUUGUCACAAACGCUUAAAGCCUUUGGCGCAGCAAUCUCCAAUGGAAUCUCGCCGCCUGUGGCACGACGUAAGUGUAGCCCUUGCUCGUGGUGAUGUCGAAACAGCCACAAGCCACAAGAGGGCUCUAGAAGAGCAGCAACGGAAGGAAGAACGAGAGCGUGCUGCCCAAAAUGUGCCAUUCCCAACACGACUAUUCCAUUCUCCAACUUCUGAUCAUUGGGUGUACAACCAGCUUCCAGCGUAUUCGUUUACUUCCUGCCCAGCAUCAGUCCAGCCUCAGUAACAACAUGCUGUUUAUGCUUGUUAUUUUACCAUUCUAUUUUUUUUAUUUUUACUCCAUACCAUGCCAAAGAUUUUAGAACGAGGAUGUAUAAAUUUCUUGUUAAUCUCUGAAAAAGAAUAUGGUCUAUUUUCCUAACAAAGUUGAAAAUUCUUCUAAUUAGGAAUAGAUUUUCUUAGAUUUUCUUCGGGAUAAAUGAUUUUCGGAUUUAACAUUAACAAAAUUUUGUGAACUUUAAGUAGCAGUAGCUUGAGAUUUCCAGUUACUCUUCCUGUAAUUUUUGCUUCUGCAUUUGGAAUUUCACACUUACUUAGAAAACAUGUUUAAAGUCAUACUAUUUUUUCCACGCUCUCUCCUUCUCCCUCUCCCAUUUCCUCUUCCUCUUCCUCCCUCUCUCCUUCCUUUUGCUGUUAUUCCCUAUCCUUUCCAUCUUUAUGCCCUCUGGUACCCAUUCUCCAUUUCUUCCCCUCUUUUUGCCUCCCUUUGCUUACUCUUCCCUUCUUUCCUCUUUCCCUCCCAACUCUUGCUCUCCUCUCCUCUCCAUUCCAACAAACUGCUAUAGAGUCACAGGUGCACAUUUAUAGAUAUCUGUAUAUCCACUUGAAUUCAUCAGUCAUACAUAUGUGGCCACAUGUGAUAAAAGUAGGCUAGAAAGAUGAAUGAGAAUUGGAAGAUCUGAAUAUUCUAUAGAGCUUAGAGUUUCUGACCAGUAGUUCCUAGUCAAAAUACAAACUGGAUUAAACACUUGCUUUACAUUUUGGUGACUACAAGCCACAUUCAGCUGUAGAGAACCUGGUCAAGCAAUGCCGCUUUUCUGCUGAACAUUAUUACCGUCCAAUAAAGAUACAGGCAUGUAGCAUUGAAUGUAAAAUUUCCAUAUAUUUUCAGUCAUAAAAGAUAGUAAUGGCAGCUCAUUUUGGCAAGAUAAGAUCUUCAUUGUCUUUAUUAACUAAUAUAAAUGUCAACAUCCAUUUUAACAAUGUAAAGGCAGGCAAGGAAAAAUCUUUUCAGUGAAAGCAAAUGAGAAUAUUUAUUGAGUUCUGAUGUUAUUUACUGGGUUGGUGCUUCAGAUAAUGAAUUUUUCGAAUUUGGUUUUAAUCUUAUAGUUUGAUGAGAUGGGAUUUGAUUGGUGGUGGUGAGUGUAAUGCAUAGCACAUUAUCUUCUAAUUAAGAUUUUAUUUCUUCCUGAUUCACAAUAUUAGCCACUGACUCUUUCUUCGUAAUGUCAACAAGAUUUAUCUUCUCUUUGUGAAGUACACUUAUUUAACUUCUCAGUCACAAUUGCAGUAUUAUUUUGUAGUACUUUUUGAUGUUGUAAAUCUUGAAAGAAACUGGAAAGGCUGUGGUGAAUGCAAGUGAAAUGUCAAGAAAACUUGGACUAAUUUGCCUAUUCAUAUUUGUAUUUUCACCUUAUUGCAUUGACAUUUUUAGUAAUUUCCAUAGAGAUAUAGUACUAAUUCAGAUAUGAUAGAGAGAUCACACAUGUCCUAAGUGAAUGUGUAUCUAGCAAACUUACAGUGUAUGAAAAAAGCAUUCUUUUUUUGUGUGUGUGUGUGUAUGUGUAUUACAAAAUAUUGAAAGCCAGUGAUAAAUUACGAAUUUGCAAGAAUUUCAGUGAGGAUCCAUAUUAGUAUAAACUUUGAUCAAAAAUGGAUUAUUCUGUACAAGAGAUAUACAGUUAAUGGAUGAAUAAAGAUCAGAAGACUGGAAAGUGUGGCUGGAAAGGUUUGGCAAAAGAGGAUUCAUUGUGAUUGAUAUCUGCAUAGAAGACAGACUUUUAGGAUAUUUGGCUUCAAGGAAAAGCUGAGCAGAAAUGAAUGAAUACAAAGCUGUCAUUAUUACAGUGUACUGGACUGAGCUCUCAUUAUUAUUUAGAAUACAAUAAAGUUUCAACAAAUAUCUGAUGCAUACUCGUGUAGGAAAUAUAUGAAUGAGAAGUGCAUACAGGGGUGUAUGUACUUCUGAAUAUAUAACUCAGAAGUGUGAAGAUUUUAACUGUCAUUCAUACCUUUUCUGCAUUUGCCGCAAUCAACUCUGUUUAUGCAUAUUCUUGUGUGUUGUGGGCAAAUACGACACUGAUGUAAAUUAGAUUUAGAUAAAUUGAAAUUGUUAAUUGAAUGAAGGUGCUACUUUGCAUUGAUUUUGUUUAACAGAUUAUUCAUGUUAGAUUGAUACUACAUUCUUUAUUUGCAUUUAAGUAGAAUAUAAAUAAGUAUGAGAUGUUUGGUUGUGAGGGAACUAAAAUGAUUGAUAGAAUAGUGUGUAUAUAAAGUGGGCAGUGCCUCAUAGAAAUAAAGAUGCGACUUUGAUCAUUAUUGAAUGAAAAGGAGUGUUUUUCAUGCCAUUAUGUUUAAGGAACUGCAUCCUAGAUGUUGAGCUCUGAGCAUUUUUAAAAUAACUAUAUUUUAUUUGUUAUUUAAUUAUUUUUGUGUACCAUGAAUAUGCUUUGUUUACAUUUUUUGAAGUGUUGCUCAGAUAUUAGUAGAGAUAUUUGCUUAGAUUAUAUUAUAUUAUGAUUUUGUCAGUUUAACAAUAUUUGUUUGUUUUUAAGAUUGUUGUUAUGAUGAUAUAAAUACCCGUAAGUGGGAUGUCCUCCCUCUUGACAUUUAAAUUAUAUAAUGUAAAAAAAAAAAAAAUCUUACUGAGACACUUGUAUAUAUAAAAUGAUUAAUAGAUGUACCAAAUAUAUGCAAAGGGACAAAAGCAAUUAUGAAAAUUCAGAUUUCGUGUGUAAUAAUACCAUUAUUAUUUUUAUCUUAGCAUUUAACGCUCAGUAAGGUAAAUUUCCUUAGUGAAGUCCAGGGAUAUACUUAAUAAGUAACUGCAUUAUUGUGAAAUUUGUAACUAUCAAGAAAAAAACAUUUGAAAUUGUUGUUUUGAUACACUAAUGUAUUAGAAUUUCUGGUCUGUACUUUCAGAAAUUGUUAAAAAAACUUUCGGCCAGUUUGUUAAAAUUGUGCGAGGCCCGACCCAAUGAAUAUUCAUGAAUACGAACAUGCUUAUUCACGGAAGUACAUGCAUAUUUGUUUAUUUAUCUGAUAGAUAUACAUUUUCCUAUCUAUCUAUCCAGUAGAUAAGCAUGUUGUUACUGAUAGAUCUGUAAAUAUUUCUGUGUAUAUGCAUGUCUAAAUAAUGAAAAUUCAUUGUCAGGCAUCACACAAUUUCAGCAAAUCAGCUGUUUAACACAAGUUACUGAGCAGUUGGUAAUGAAUAUUUUUGCUUGAAAGAACUGCAAUAGAGAUUAUGAUAUUGUAAUUGUAUUUGAGAUGUGAAAUAUGAUUAUUAUGUGAUAUGUAUGCAUGCAUGUGAUUUGCUAAAUAUUUUUUGUUUUUUGUUAAGUGUCAAGAGAUGCCUUUGAAAUUACCUGUAGCAAUAGUUUGUAUUGUAUUAUUGACCAUAAUCCAGUUGAUGAAAAAGUGGUCAUACUUGACCACUCUUAAUAUUACAUUUCUUUCAUGUCUUAUCAGGUUGUUUUAUUCUGCAUCUCUGAAGAUUUAGUUAAGUGAAGCAUAUAUUUAUAUUCCUCCUUGCAAGUUUGAUGUAUGUUAUUUUCUUGAAAUAGUACAAUUAAAUAAAAUGAUACUCACAAUUACUCACAGACAGCAUUCAUUCCCUUUUUACUGCAUUCCCAUAUUCAUAUAUUUAACACUCUAGUUCCAUGAUUCUUAUCUUUCCCUUGCUCUCUAUAUCAUUUAAACUUUGUCCUGUUUGCAGUAAAAAUGGAGAUCACUGAUGAUUAUCACAAAGAAUAUAGUAAUAUUUACUUGUGUUUGGUAAAGAAGAGGUAAUCACACAUAGUAAAAUUGUUUUUUAAUUCUUUUUCCUCCUAGUGGAAUAUGCUAAAUUUAAUUAUAUGUUUAAAUAGUUUGUUGGAGAUGAAGCACAAAUAUGAAUGAAGAAACAAGUACUCUUCCAGAUAUACCUCAUAUACGAUGUAACAGCAAUUAUGUUCUUCUAUUGAGCUUGAAAAAUUUACUUGCUGUCGCAUUGGUACUUGAAAUAGUCAUAACAGGGUCUGUGGAGAACUUUUACGUAAUCACUCGUCUCCUGCCUGGGCUUUGUUAUUUACUACCAUAAGAAAUAGUGUUAUGUGAGGUACUCGUACACUGCCAGGCUGUCAUUGCAUUUCUCGUAUUACCAUGAAAAGUUAUUGAAAAGUUACUAGGUUUUAUGAUGCCAAGGAAUGGAUUAAUAUCUGCAUGGUAUUUCUAAAUAUUUUGAAAUGUUGCAAAGGGACAGGUAUACUGUAUACCAAAAUAAUUUUAAGCAUCUAAAGGUGAUUAUGAAAAUUAGGCAAAAUCAGCUGUAUGACCUUUAUGGAAACUGCAAAGGGUCAAAUUUUUAUUGUGUAGGUGAAGAGAUUGGAUAGUUCUAAAUCGAUUUUUUAUUGUGCUUGCAGCUUUAAGUGAAAAGUUUAAGAUACAAAGAUCAUAUAUUUUGCUAAAGUUCAGAUGAAAUGUAGAAUAAGAAAUAUUAAAGAGAACUUUGUUGCACAUAUUUUUUUUUAUAUUUCUUUGUGCAUUAUUAGUAUUAACAUUCAAUUAAAAUCAAUACAUAACUCUCUGGGUUUUCACAGCAUCAUACUUUACCCUAGCUCUGAUAUUCAUACAGUUGGUGAAAUUGUUUCCUUUGAUUGCUUAGAAGCUUCGUCCAUGGAAUUAUCAACUAGAAAAGUAGUAAUGUGUCUUUCCUUACAUUUUAGAGGUCCUUCUGCAUUUCAUAUCUUUCAAAUUUAACACCAUUUUUGUGUCCUGUUUUCCCCUUUUCUCUCUCUCUCUACAUGCUGUGUAGUAUAGCAUAUAUCAUACAUCUUCUGUUAAGCAUAGCUGCAUGUUAAAACAUUUUUCACAGCAUAUUCCUACUUAGGUAUAUGUUCAUGAAGCUUAAUAAAAUAUCCUAAUAACCA